AUGGAUCCUUUGAGCGCCUUGGCAAUAGCAGCCGCUGUGUUCCAAUUCUUAGAACUUGGGGGGAAGCUCUGCGUUAAAGGCUGGGAGAAAUACAAACAAAUACAACAGAGCGUACCUGACCAUCAGAAGCUUGCGGCGGCAGAAGGAGAACUGAGAAAAAUCUUUGAUGAGUUAUCAGAUCAGAUUUCUUGGUUCCGACAAGUUUCCACAAGUAAAGCCGUCUCUCAAUCUCCGACACCAACACAUCUACAGUUGAUGGCGCUAUCGGAUAGGUGCACCGAGCUUGCAGGAGAUUUUGAGCAGAUUGAAAAUCAUAUGAAGCUACCUACCAGCCGGGAAAUGAAAUCAGAGAUUCAUAAAAAUGAGCAUGCUGGAGGCAGAUUACGACGACAGGUGCAAGAAAAAGAUUGCAAAGAGUGCCGAAAAGAGAUGGAACGAGAACAGCAUGAAUUCCGAAAAAGUAAAGAGAGCGUUGAGGCCAUGAUGCAGAAAAUGGACCCUCUUAAGCGUGAGAUAAUUGAUUUCAUAAUUUUAUCUCUUUGGGAUGACUCAAAGCGCACUAAGCAAUGGGAAUGGCACUUUAGUAGCCAGCUAGAUCAGCUUAUCGAAUUGCUUGGUAGCGUUGAGGUAACGACAACCAGCAACCGUCUGGAAUCAACGUUAUCAAAGCAGAAGACGGCCACUCAAGAUCAAUUCUAUGAAGUGGGACAUCGCAAAAACUAUAACCAGAAUUCUGACGCAGUCACCUCCACAGUUGCGGAUGAAGAAACGGCCAGGCUGAGAAAUGCUCUUCAGCCGUUCAUUCAACGUGGAAAGGGACCAGUAACGCUGAAGCGGCUCGCAGAGAGCAUGAAUGCAUGCCUUCAAAAUAAUGGCGAGGCAAGGAAUGUAAUCCGCGUGGAUCUUGUUCAGAUUCUCUGGAAGAAUGACUGGAAAUUGGAUACUUCCAUUGCUUCAGCCAAGAUCGACACUACAACGGUUGCGCAUGCUAUAGCUACCGGGGUUCAAUUUCACAAUUUUCAGACACGCGAAAACGCCAUCUCAAAUACUUUUAUGGAUACUUAUUCCUGGAUAUUCCAGAGCGAGCCUCCAAAGAAAGACGAUAAGUCAAUGUGGGAUAGUUUUCCCAAUUGGCUCGGAGAUGAUUCCAACAAAAGUUAUUGGAUCACAGGCAAGCCAGGUUCUGGCAAAUCCACUAUGAUGAAACUCAUAUUGCAGCACGUUGACUUGGGAGAUAUGUUAUCGCAGCAGCUUGGAUCAUUGCGCCUUCUUCUCGUCAAAUACUACGCGUGGCUCGGAGGUACUACACUGCAGAAGUCUCUUGAAGGCCUUAAGAGGACAGUCAUAUCCCAGACACUGGUGCAAUUUCCUGAUUUGGCGCCGGUAUUGGUACCAAGGCGUUGGGCCUUCUGUCAAAUACUGAGAAGCACUUCAGGGCUUCCCGAGUGGACUGCGUGGGAGGUGGAGGAAUCGUUUGAGGCAUUGUUAUCAUUGUGCGGAGAGACGAUCAAACUUGCUUUAUUUAUUGAUGGGCUUGACGAAUUCGACACACCGCCUUUCGAGGUCAUCAAAUGCAUUCAACAUAUGAUGGCACGAUGCCCCCAUGGGCUGAAAAGGGUCCAAUGCUUCAAAUGCAUCUACUAA